CCGGGGACAGAAAUAACCCCGUUUAUGUCCCGGUGCGCUCUAAUAAUAGGGGAGGCUGCCUGCUCCUUUAAGACCCUCCUUGUUGCAAACUCUACCAAAUAUAUUGUAACAAAAUGGUCAUUAAAGUAUACCUCGCCACUUCGUCGGGAUCCACGGCGAUCAAGAAGAAGCAGCAAGAUGUGGUGGGUUUCCUGGAGGCUAUUAAAGUGGACUACACUCAGCUGGACAUCGCCUGCAACGUGGACAACCGCUUGUGGAUGAGGGAGAACGUCCCCGAGGAGAAGAAGCCAGCCAACGGCAUCCCCCUCCCUCCUCAGAUUUUCAACGAUGAGAGCUACUGUGGGGAUUAUGAAACUUUCUUCGAUGCCAAAGAGGACAACGCUGUGUUUUCCUUCCUGGGGCUGCCACCUCCUCCCGGGUCAAAGGAAGCACGGCAAGCUGACAAAGAGCACAUUGUGGAGAACGGGACCCAUGCUGAGGAAAACCCCGACGACUUAGUAGAGGCUCCGGUGGAGGAGCUUCACGGGGAAGGUGAGGGUGGCGAGGCCAAUGAUGAGGAUGCAGAAGGAGAAACAGCGGGAGAUGAGGCUCCCGCAGAGGAAGAGGGGGAAGACGAACAAACUGACGAGGUCGCAGAAGACACACACGCUGAAGCAGAAGAACAAGAAGAAGAAGAUCAGGUGGAAGAGGCUGAGUAGUUAAAGCGAGGUUGAUGGUGACGAUUCACUGCUGUCCAGCCUGAAGGACCUCGUUGUUCCACCUCUUCCUCAUCCUUGACCCCCUCCAACCCCCUCCAUCAGCCUUUGUUGGACAGCCCCCCCCCCCCCCCCAAAUGCUGCACUGGACACUUCUGGAAACUGUUGGUUGUGCGCUUUGAAGGCACCAUCCACACUGAAAAGUCAUAUUUGGCCCACUACUACCCCUCUGACUGCAACGUUGACUUAAUUUUUAUAUUUUACGUGUAGAGACGUACAAUAUUGUAGAUGCUCAAAGUGGUGUCAUUGUGUUAGUUAUGAGUAGCUUUUGUAAUUGCACAACUAAAUUGUUAAACUAAAAUUUCUCGUGUUUUCCUUUCAGUAAUCCAACGUCUUUGACAUAGAGAGGCAGUGACCUUUUCAAACAGAUCUUACCUUGGCAUACCUUAGCUUGCGGCUCCAGGCUUUCACACUGUUACUCGGUCUUUCAAAACUGUUCUGUUCUUUUAUUCCAGUAUUGUGCCUUACCGACUCCUUUAUUCAACCGAAUGUAUAAAUGCCAACUGAGAUUUCUAAUGGCCCCACGAGGAAGGACACAAGCACUUACUGCGAGACUGUAAACGACUCCUCCGCUGCCGCAUCAACUUCUGCCUGUACAGCUGUCUCAUCCAUGCACUUUGUUGAACAAAGAGUGUAUGCCACAACUAUGUGGCCAAGAAUAUGAUGCACUGGAAAAUGAAAUAAAUCAGACUGGUUUACAACAAAA